UGCAGUUUAAGGAUUCCUGCAAACGAAACGAAGAGCAUGGACGCUUCUAAGUUGCACUAUAUACAAAAAUAACGAAAGCUUUGCAUUAAUAUCGGAGCGCUGUGCCCCUUGUUCUACCCCCGGGCCCUUGACGAGCCCUCUGCUUGGAGGGCUCCCAGGGAGCUCACUCCUGAUUGGCCAACAGGCAGCCUCCUUGCGACUGGCUCAACUGAAAGCCCAGCUAGCACUGACGCAGAUAAACAAUUCUCUCGCUUUUGGCAGCCAGGGAGUAACAUUUGCAACCAACUCCAACAAAUCUAUUCCCUACAUAUCCACAACGCCCCCUUGCCCAACUGCUGCAGCCAUCAAUCUUCUCAACCUUCUGAAGAUUGCAAACACAAUGUCCAAUCCCCUGUAUAACCCCUAUGCCUCUGGGAACCAAAGUUCCUCCCAGGGGCAGUAUGGACUCUCGACGACACAGGCAGAAAGGGACCCUCGGGGGGCAUCCUCCUUUCUUGGACAUAGUUCCAGCCUAAGAUCUUCCGGAGCUUCCUCUGGAAUUCCUGACAACUCUAGGCAAACCAUACCAUCAUUGAUGUCUCUGUCGAGAAAUUACAGGACUGAACAAAGUAGGUCUGCCAUGGAUGAAGAUAUAGCUAGCUCUGUAGACAUGCACAUUAGCAGAGCCAGAGAGGAGGUAAGGCUUCUUGGACGAUCGAAUGAUCAGCCCAUGGACCAGGACACUCGCUUUUCCAGCUCACAAAGGGAUGAGUUUCUCCCUUUUCUGAGCACAGGAAUGGACUCCUACCCAAAGUCAUCAACCUCUGCCUCUCUGAGACAUAGAGACAAUUUGGAUGGUCAAAGUGGCAGCAGCUCCUUUGACUGUUCAUCAAAGUACAAAACACCCACUGCUGACGACUCAAAAUUUUAUACGCCCUCUGAUUUGUCUAACUUCCCAAGAAGUGAUGAUGGUAGGUUUGAUACCUCCAGUAAAAGAGAACGUGAGGGGCUCGGCGAUUAUGACUAUCAAAUUACUCACAGACCUGCAGCCUCUACAGAGUCCAAUCGACCCAAGUACACAUCUGAAAUAGCAGCAAAAGUCCUUCUGCAUUUUGGACUCGAAAAAGAUGAUUUGGAACAUCUCAUCUCCUAUCCUGAAGACCAGAUUACUCCUGCUAACCUGCCGUUCAUCUUGCGGGAAAUACGCCUUGAGAAGGACAAGAGAUCAACAGCAGAAGUUCAGUCUAAAACCUUCCCGGAAUCACAUUCUACCAGAACCGUAAGUGGAGUGGGCAGCUACAGUUUGAAUAGAACUGGGGAGGCAAUGAUGCAUCAGCAGAAAACUCCAUCAGCUGUUCCCCAGUCAAGCAAUGUGAUUGACUAUGGACAUACUGGCAAAUAUACAGCAGGGUCUGUGAAUGAGAUCGGAAGGAAAAGUGAUCGAGACAGUGGUAGGAUUGGUAGUAUGAUAGCAAUGGACAGUACUGCUAGCAGAUACAUUCAACAACCACUGCAAACAAAUACAACGGAUUGGAAAAGCAGCGCAUUGGAUUCUUCAUGUGAGCAGGCAAGUUCUUUUACCAGUAUCAUUUCCUCGCGUGGUUCAGCAUUGAGUUCUGCAACUUCUCAAAGCACUGAUCAGACAAAACGUUUGCAGAUCCACCCAAACCAGACUUUGCAGAAUAUCCUCAGCUCUUACUCUCUGCCAAAGAAAGAUACAGACAUCAGAGGUCUCCAGUUUGAGGACUGCCAACCUGUUCUUUUGAAUCAACCAGAAGUAGAUCGCCAGGCAAAAUCGAAAACCCAACCACCAUCCACUUUGUCCCAUGGCAUACAUCCAAGCAGACCGGGCCUUGUGCUCAUUGGAAGUAAUGAUGCCAGUACAAAGGAUCCAAGUAAAACGAAAAGGUCAGUGGUUGUUGAACAUAUCAUAAGGCAGCAGGUUAAAGAGACGAAGCAAAUGCAGCAACAACCGAUGCAGACGCAGAUGCAGGUGCAGAAGCCCCAAAAGCAGCCGCUGGAGCAGAAGCAGAGUCAGCAGACCCAAGUCCAGCAAGUGCAGCAGACGCAGAUACAGGUGCAGACAAGCCAGAAGCAGCAGAUGGAGCAGAAGCGGAAUCAGCAGACCCAAUUGCAGCAAGUGCAGCAGAAGCAGACGCAACUGCAGCAGACACAAAAGAAGGAGAUGCAACCUGUUUCUCAGGCAGGACAAACAAUGUGGCCUCCAGUUUCUUCUGCUGCACAAUCAGUUCCCCCUAUUCCAUUCCAUCCUGGGAUCCAUGGAAAUCCUUGCCCCUUCGUUCUUCCUCCAGUUCAUCCUCAGCCACCUGCGGGCCUGAUUCUCUACAAUCACUUGGCGAUGCUGUCCUCCAACGCGCAGUCUUCUGCCAAGGUGGCGGUCUCCAAGGAUCAGCCGACACCAGCCAUGAUGAAUGACUAUGCAGCUACGACCCCAAGACUCUUUCCACAUACCUGUUCUCUGUGUAACAAAAACUGUACUAAUAUGCAGGAUUGGAUCACACAUCAGAACACCAGUCUUCACCUUGAAAGCUGCAAGAAAUUUCGAAGAAGUUACCCUGACUGGGAUGCUGAGAAGAAUAUCGGGUCCAGGGCCGCAGGUAAAGAUGCAAAGUCCUCACCCUCAACCUCUGCACAGACUCGCCGACAUGAGAGAACCAGGCAUGAGAAUCCAAGUCAAAAGAGCCCCCCUCGCCGCCAUGGCUCUGACGGUCGAAGGAAUAAACGACGUAGUCCAUCACGAUCGCCUCAUCGCUCCAGAUACCAUCGCAGGUCCCGAUCCCGGUCUCGUUCUUCCUCACGAUCUCUCUCUCGCUCUCCAUGGCGCGAUCGGCGUAUCCCUUCACGCUAUCGGUCACGUUCAAGGAGCCCCGAGAGACAAUCGUCCCCAAGGAGGAGUGGCAGGAGAGGGUCGACACCGAGAAGGAGCCGUGAGAGACGUUCAACACCGAGAAAGAAGCGUGAGAGGAGAUCAUCGUCGGCGUCGGAGUCGUGCCCUGAACGAGAGAGGAAAAGCAGCGCAGAGAGACUGGCUAAGAAACUCCUGGAAACAUCAGGUAUCCAGUCACUGUCAAAUCAGAACGACCUGGAGGCCGUGGUUAAAAGUCUUGCUCCCGCCUUAGUGGCUGAACUAUCCAAGAUAAAAUCCUCCUCCUCCUCUUCCUCCGGUAAAGGACGGAAACGCUCCUCUUCUCCUCCCUCUGCUGGAGGAAAGAGAUCGUCUGCAUCAUCCUCCUCUACAGCAAGGAAGGAGUCUGCAACGAACGCCUCUAAAGCAAAGCCAAACCUGCAGAAGAGCGAGUCCAGUAAAGUGUCACCUCCGACCAUGGUGACCCUGCAGGGGAUUUGCCCUGCUCUCUCUCACAGUGAACUGCUCUCUGCCGUCGAGCAGUUUGGAAAAACAAAGUCUGUUGUUGUGUUUCGGGCCAAGAUGGAGGGCGUGGUGAUUUACGAGAAAGAAGAGGAUGCUAAAAAGCUGAAGAGCUUGAAGUCAUUCUAUGUCAACAGAAUCCCUCUCACUGUUGUCAAAGAAAAGGUGACUGUUUGUAAAGAGGAGAAGACCCCUCCUCUGAAAAAACCUGAAUCUACCACGCCUAAAGCUGUACCAACUGUCACAACAGAAAAAAAGGCGGUUUCAGAAGGUAAAAACGUCUCGACCCAACAGAAAGCCAAAACUCUACAAACUGGAUCGUUGUCUACAGAGGGAGCCUCAGGGUCCAAGUCUCCUGGAAACAAGCCUGCAUCUGAAAAGUCUAAAACCACCGUUAGAGAACCUGGAGAGGAGCUGAAAGACAAACCAAAAGCUCCAGAACCGGUGAAGGCCUCAGAGGUUAAAGUAGAAACGGUCUCAACAACACAGAAACCCAAAACUCCAGCGGACAAGCUGCCUGCAGGAGAAGCUGCCACUAAAGAAAGCGUCUCUGAAAUAGCUCCAAAAGAUGCAAAGAAUCCCACUAAAUCCACAGCUCCAGAUCAUCAGUCUGAGGACAACUCCAAGCCUAAAGAAUCUGAAACUAAGCUUCAAGAGUCUUUGGAGGAGCCGAAGGACACGGCCGAGGAUGUUGAAAAAGCACAUGAACCAGCUGUUGAACCAGAGAGUCGAGGAAAACCCGACAACGCUGAAGAUUCAGAUGAACCGAUGGAGCUCGAGGUGUCAGGAGGUAAAGUAUCAGAACCUGUGGAAGUCAAAGGGGAAGAAACGAGUUCAGAGGCUGCACCGGAAAGUUCAGCAGACGAACCCGGAGAGAGUCGACCGCCGACCGGUUCAGAUGCAGCAUCGACCAUGGAUGCCUCCGAAGCGUCUGACAAUGUCUCAGCCGAGGAAGCUGCAUCUCUGACAAUGCAGCCGACGGCUUCAGUAACGAGCGAGCAGCAGCCUGCUUCUUCAGUUACCCCUCUGACUGUCGGGGAGAAGGUAGAAAAGCUGCUAGAUACAACGAAAAUAGGCUGCUUCAACGUAAAGCGCUGCUUCAACCAAAAAUUUUCAAAGCUCGGUAAGAGGCAGCUGCUCGUAUCUGAUCUGCCCGAGUAUAACGACGGCUGCUACACCGAGGACGAUGUUACCAAGCUGCUCACUCCUCUCGGGUUUCGACACACGGACGACAGCAUCUUUGUUUUUCCACAGGCUCGAGUGGCUUUCGUCAUGAUGCCGACAGUGAAGAGCGUACGUGACGCGCUGAAGGCUUCAGUUGAUCACUGCGUUGUUUUGAAAGGAUCUCCACUCCUGAUCAAGGUGUUAACCGGAAACCAAAUGAACGAACCGCUCGGUUUAUAUACCACCCUGAUGCAGCAGAUGAAGUCUGGUGAGAUGAGUGAAGGAAAUAAAACAGUGCUGAUCAAGAACAUCUCACUGGAGGAGACCAAGGAGCUCAGGGAAGCUUUGAAGGAUUUUGGUUCUUUCAAGAACUUCAUGCCUCUCCUCAACAAGGUGUUUAUAGAGUUCAAGACGGUUCAAGAUUCUGAUCGGUUUCUAGGUUGGUACAGUCUGCUGAAACCAGGGCGUGGCCACGAAGUACACAAGAUGAAUGCGUACCAAUGCAGCUAUUUAAAAACAGAAGCCGUAUCGGUCACAGCUCAGCCGAAAGCUGCAGGAGAGAAGAAAGAGGAAACGGCAUCGUCCCCUCACUCUUCUGCUGAUGGCACACCUCUGACCCGGGGGGAGACGGAAGAGCAGCUUCUGUGCAAAGAGAGAACAGAGGGUCUACCAGAAAAUCCCCGCCUCUCACCACAAAUGCUCGUGAAAGAGGAGCCGCACACAGCUUUGGUCUCUGCCUCAGAUACCCCGUCUGCCUCUGUAGUCAGCAGUGGAGACGUAGUCCCUGCUGCUUCCAGCCCUGAUCCCUCAUCCACAGCGCCCAUGCCUGAAGAAGACCUCGCAGAAUUCCCUCAGAUAGACACAGAAAUUUUACAGGCGCUCACGGCAGCAGUGCGCCAGCACAGACUCACACUAGCGGCAAAAAGGUUGAAGAGGACGGAAGACGAGGGUCAGGACGAUCUUAAAGAUGCCGCUUCUUCAGAUGCAAAUCUCACUGAUACAGAGAAUGUGAACAUGGAGGAAUUUGUCACUGUUGAUGAAGUCGGUGAUGAAGUUGAAGUUGAAGACCCAAACCCCGAGCCUCAUCACUCGUCCUCAUCCAAACAUUCCUCCAGAGAGAGAAGAGAGAGGCAGAGUUCAAGCGGACAAAGGACCUCAACGAGGUCUUCGAAGGACUCCAAGAGCUCAUCCUCUUCAACAUCCAAAUCAAGUAAAGGCUCUGACUCUAAAAACUCAUCCGAGCACAGCAAAUCCCCAACCAAACCUUCAUCCUCCAGUGCGAGUAAGUCCUCCUCCUCCUCGUCUUCAGUGGUGACUGAAACUCCUUCCACCCCUGAUAAGAAAACACAACAGAGCAGGACAAAAUCUCCCGUCAAGUCAUCCGAUACAACAACCUCCCCAAGGACCCGCUCAUCAACUGCUGCAAGAGAGAAGACUAAAUCUACAGGAAGUGUUGAGGCCUCUUUAGAGACUCAUCCAGAGAAACUUAGAGAAGAAACAAAGAGUGUUGAGGCAAAGUCCGUCCACAACUGGUCAGCAGAGGGCGCUGCUGCAGAAUCUGUGGAGUCAGAGAUGGAAACCUCAAUGGUGAAGGGUGAUGGCGACCAGGACAACAGUUCUAAAACCCAGAACACUGGGCCCAAGGAAUCCCCGACUCUGCAUGAAGAACUCUUCCAGAUCUUGGACAGUAUCGAUGAUGAACCUAAAGCCCAAACAGAGGCGUCCAGUGAAAUGGGAAUGGAUCUUUCUCGCCAAGGUCAAAAAGACAGCGACAAGGUCCAAGAUGACGGUUCCAGAGUAAUGCAGCUGUCCGAGAAAGAUCAAAGUCCAGAAGUGGAUAGUUCUGUAAAGGAGGGUGGGGAGAAGACAAAAUUAAAAGACGAAGAAGUCAAAGGCCAAACCCAAAUCCCAAACGUAGACCAGCCUGUUCAAGAAAGUGUCAACAAAGACAAUUCCAAAAGCCCUGGCAGUGAUGAUACUGCAAAAGAAACCUUUGAGAUAUUGGAUUCAACUGAUGAAACCUCCAGUAGGCAGAUAUCUACAGACGACAAAGGGCAAAGACUAGAGGAGGAAGACACUUACCAGAUCAUUGAUUCAGUGGAAGAACCGCUAACAACUACUGAGACCGAGUCAGAGACUGACAAAGGGAGGAAAAAGACAAAGAGGGGAGAGGCCACUUCGACAAAAGACGGUAGACCUUCAAGGAGGAGCGGCCACACAAGCAAAACAUCCAAAAGAGAUGAGAAUGAGACGUCACCAAAGAAACAAGAGAAGGGAGUUACAACACGGACAAAGAUGGACGCCACUGGGGACAGAGAGGAGAUGAUGUUUGAGAUAGUAGAUUCUGUUGAAGAUAGUUCAGAUCAAGAUGACAUCACUAAAGACAGACCAGGUAGAAGAAGAAGUACCAGAGGAAAGAAAGAGGAGACUGUGGGGAAAGAUCUCAAAGAAGCAUCUGAAAAUCCAGACGGGGACGAGGAGGGUGCAUUUCAGAUUUUGGACUCUGUGGAAGGGGAGGCGGUUAAUGAUGAACCAGCCACUGCAACAAGAUCGAGCAGAGGACGGAGGGACAGAACUAAGAUAGAUGAGAAGACAAAAAACAGGGAGGACACCCCGACAAGAAGUAGGCGUACUCCUGCCAGGGAGGACACGCCAAAGAAAGCUCCUCCAAAAGAGAAACCACCACCGAAGAAGAGCGCCAGUGAUGUAGAAGGGAUAAGUGGGGAUGUUUCUUCCUUUCAAAUACUGGACUCUGUGGAGGAUGAGGUUAUUAAAGACGAUGGGGCUGGUACAAGAGUUAAAAGAAAGAGGGGAAGACCUAAAAAACAGGUUGAACCAGCUAAAAAAGAAGGCGCAACACCAAAGACGAUUGACAAAGAAGCAUCUGACAAAUUGGCCGAAGAAGAAGAAGAAGAGGCGUCUUAUCAGAUUCUUGAUUCUGUAGAGGAUGAGUCAGUCGAUGAUGAGCCACCAUCAGACCAGUCUGGGACGAUCUCUAGGAACAUUGACGAACAAGAACAGAAGUGCGAAUCUCACACAUCAACCAAAAGUGAGGAAGAGGAGAAAGAACCAAGAUAUCAGAUCGUAGAUUCUCUUGAAGACGAUCAGCUAACAGCGAUGGGGGAUUCCAAUAUUGAAAGACAGGAAACAGCUAAGACAGAGGAUGAAGAAGCUGAAAGGGAAGGCACUCCAAUUUGUCCUACUGUCACGGAAGCAUCCGGAAAAUUGCUUGUCAAGAAGGAAAGUCCCAAUCGGAGAGUUGAGGGAUAUGAUGAUCCGUCGGGUGCUGGGGAGAAGGAAAGGACACCCAAAAUAGACAUUGACAAUAAGGAACCAUCACCUUUCAGAACCCAGAGCGAUACUGGCAUACUUGAAAAAGAGGACAAGCAGAAGUCCCCUGAGAAGCAACAGACGCCAAGCGCUCUGGUGAACCUGGACGAGGUUAGCGACGAGGAGGAGGAUUACCCCGACGACACGGCAGAGGAAGAAGAACUAAGGAAGAGCGAAGCUGCCGCAAAAGAGAAGCGGUCUCCAAAGGAACAGGAAGGAAGGAGCCGGAGCGGCAGCAGAGGAUGGGGAUGUGGGAAAGGGAAGAGCAGGGAUAAGAGAGGAGGAAGGAAAGAGGAGGAGGAGGUUGAUACCCAGGAGCUUGUUACUCUGGAUGAGGUGGGGCCAGAUGACGUUGUGGAGGAAGGGGCGCGAGACCAUCAAGACUGCGGUGGGAAGAUCAAGAAGGGAGAACCUCCGGCACCCGACGCUUUUGGAGUGACUGAAGGACAGGCUGAAGAAAACAUGAUGGAGACCGACCAGAGCCAGGAGGACAAAUCAGUCAACACCUCGAUCCAAACUUUACAUGAAGCUGGCGUCGGUGAAGAAGAAGAACAACCGGAUGAAAACCAAGCUGAGAAAUCCUCCAGACCUGCAAAGCGCAAACACAAUGAAGACAAAGAUGAAAGUGUGAACUUUGUGACGGUGGAUGAGGUCGGAGAGGUGGAAGAAGAGGAGGAACAGGAAGCGGUAACAUCUAAGAGAAGAGGUCGAGGCAGGAAAACCAGACGGACUCCAGUGAGGAAAUCCACCAGGGGCAAAACUGUGAGCACCAAAGACCAAAGAGAAGAAGACAAGGAACCAAGCGAUGACCUGCCAUCCUCUUCACUUGAAGCCCCCAAACCAUUGGACAAAGAGUCAGCCAAACUGUCACAGGAGGUCCAGAAGACAGCGGACUUCCAGGAGACAGUUGAGGUCCAGGAGACAGAGGAGGUCCAGGACAUGGCGGAGGUCCAGAAGACGGCGGAGGUCCAGAAGACAGCGGAGGUCCAGAAGACAGCAGAGGUCCAGGACAUGGCGGAGGUCCAGAAGACAGCAGAGGUCCAGGAGACAGAGGAGGUCCAGGACAUGGCGGAGGUCCAGAAGACAGCAGAGGUCCAGAAGACAGCAGAGGUCCAGGAGAUGGCGGAGGUCCAGAAGACAGCAGAGGUCCAGGAGACAGAGGAGGUCCAGGACAUGGCGGAGGUCCAGAAGACAGCAGAGGUCCAGAAGACAGCAGAGGUCCAGGAGACAGCUGAGGUCCGGAAGACAGUUGAGAUCCGGAAGACAGUUGAGGUCCAGAAGACAGCAGAGGUCCAGAAGACAGCAGAGGUUCAGGAGACAGCUGAGGUCCAGAAGACAGCAGAGGUCCAGAAGACAGCUGAGGUCCAGGAGACAGUUGAGAUCCGGAAGACAGUUGAGGUCCAGGAGACAGUUAGGGUCCAGGAUACGGCAGAGGUCAAAGCAGCUACCCAACCUGGCAUUGACACCUCCUCUGCUGGACCGGAGCUGCAGCUGGAGAACAAAACUCUGGAGGAAGGAGACGGGGAGGAGGCGAACCAAGAAAGGAGCCGGGCUGCCAUCAAAGUGGUGAAUAAAAGCAGGAGGGAGAUUCAUGGAACUGAAGCAAAGCGGUCUCGUUCUCAGUCUCCUUCUGUCCCUGCAGACUUCAAACUGCCAGAGUAUAAACCCAACAACCCCCUCGGUCAGGAGUUUGUUGUCCCCAAAUCCGGUUUCUUCUGCAACAUCUGCUCCGUUUUCUACCUGAACGAGAGGACGGCCAAGGAGCUCCACUGCAGCAGCCAGAAGCACUACGACAACCUGCAGAAACAUUACCAGAAGAUUCAAAAGACAUCCCAGAGAGGUUCAUCUCAGUGUUCUAAAGGCUCCGUGUCCGAUUGAUCCAAACUUCAGCUCCUGUUUUUUUUGUGGAAUGACGCAGUUGGUUCGAGUGGCACGUUUUUGUCACUGUCCCAUCAAACCUAACCAGUAUUGAAUCGUGUUUUGGUGCCUCACUUUGCUGCCUGCUGGUGCACAGCUUCCUUGAGUCAGUCGAGUCCUGGAAACACGACUUUGAGUUUCAUCAUGAAGCCGAAACAUUAAGUGGCACUUUAAAACUUCAGACGGAUUAGAUUAGAUUUCUUUUAAAUGUUUCUGAAAUUACUUUUGUUUCCUGUUUUUGUACACACAGGUGUCAAAAUAAAACCCUGUUACACAGUUAUAUUACUGUAUAUCUCUUAUGUAAAUAUGACAAAUAUUUUAUUUUAGUUCAUUCCUUGAGUUAAAUUAAAUCAUAGUACACUUGUCUAAUUUCAUUAUUUAUAAUAAUUCAUAAUUUCAAUUAAUUAUGCAAAUUGAAAAUGUAUUAAAGAGGUGUAUCUUUAAGUUUCUUCGACCUUGAUCCUGUGGUGUUAAAGGUCAAUAGUUUGUCACAAGGUCACAAACGUCUUUAAGAAAAAAAAAGGGUCCAACGUGUUGAAUGGUUUCUGUUGCAGUUUGCUUUUGUUUAGUUUCUACAAACAUCAAUAAAAGAAAAACAAAUGUCUCAAA